AUGCAGCUUGGCCUGCCCUGCCGGCUCGAAAGCAGCACUCUUGCAACCCACCGCUGUUCCACUUUCAUCGCUAUUUACCGGAAUGAAGGCAUUCGUCUUCGCUUUUUUGGUCGCCUGGCAUCUUGGGCCACGGCGACCCAGUCGGCUGAUGCUGCGGCAGACCCCGAAGCUUGCCAAUCUGGGGGCCUCAUCCAGAAGCGCCUGGACUCACAAAAGGCGGUGCUGACUCACGAGGCCAAUCUCGGCCUGAACAGCUCCGCGAAGAAACAGAAAGUCUCGAAGAAGAAGCGCCGAGCGCAGAGGCUUCAGGUGCUUCUGGGUGUAAUUCUCUUGCCGGCAGCUGCGCCAUGUCUUCCCCACAAUUGCGUUAUGCGCCAUGUGCAGGCAGAGCAUGCAGACCUCAUGGCCUUCCUCGCGAAGUCUCGCGAAGCCACCGGAGCUCCUCUGAUGAGCAAGGACCAGGAAAGGUUCGACCAACUUUCGCAGAAAGUCAAUGCUCUGAACAUGGAUGCCAUCAUUGCACGCCUUGUGAAGAAGGGCGAAUACAAGGCCGAGAUGGCCCAGCGGGCGACAGAUGAGUACCGGAAGUUCCUGGUCUUGAAGGGCAUGGGAAAGGCGCCAGUAGCCUCCCCGAUGGUCAUCGAAGCCUGGCAGGCUCACAUCAUGUACACCAAGAUGUAUGAGGAGGAUUGUCAGCAAGUUUUCGGCCGCCUCCUGGAACAUGAUCCUACUGCGCACAUGGAACCUGGCCAUCUGCAGCAGACUCAGCAGCAGCUUUGCGAUUAUUUCGGCAUGGUGGACCGAGCCGUUUGGAGUGAGCCAUCUGCGACCUCGCUUAGUAUGGCAAAGGCAGGCUUUGAGAGGGUGCAGCAAGACCCCGGCAAUGCCGCUGCAGCCACGAUGCAGAGUUGGCUAGACCACAUCAACGAGAAAAGGGAUCUCUGCCGGAGCCUCCUCGCAGACAACGUCCACAUGAUGGUAAUCUCAAAGCACAACAACACGGUCAUGACCUACUCCGGCAUUGACACCGUGCUGCCUUUCUUCCGUCACUGUGGCCAUGCCAUCAAAGCUCGGGAGUUCCUGUCCGUUGAUGGCGGAGCCUUAGCCAUCGAGGCCGAGAAAAGUCGAGGAUGGGGAUUUAUUUGA